AGGUGUAUCACAUCUGACAAAAAUCCUGGAAGAAAGCGGCACCGAACUUAUAAUCGUGGACCAGAGAUUCGAUUGGCCAAUAGCCAGGCCGGUACAAGAAGACGAAACUAUAAUGGUGGAACUUUAUACAAGAAAUAGACUUUUUGCUGAUAAAUUGAUUGGGUUUUAUCGGAUGGUACUUCAGCAAGUGGUGCAAAAUGGUCGGGUUAAUGUUUGCGACAAUUUGGUUGAUGGCAAUAAUAAAACUUUGGAGGCUACAAUCGAAUUAAGCAUAAUCUACUCAUUACCUGAAGCCUCUUUAGCAUCAUUCACCGGCAACUCGGCUAUCGACAACAUGCUGGAAGACGAUCAACAAAUGUUAGUCGACAUCGAACAAAACAUAGCAAAUAUCGAAAAAACCCUACUUACCGAGCAAAGUAGCGUUUCUAGAUUUAAAACCUUCAAACGAGGCUUAAGUACACCCGAAAAAACCAUCAUAGACAGAAAAAGAUCCACACUGAAAAGCGUUAGAAGUUUGAUGAGAUUCGGAAAACAAAGACCGCCAAAGGAUAGCGACACCGAAGACGAAACCUCCUAUUUAAUAAGAGACUCUGGAAGAAAUUCCAAAAACUCAGACAUCGAUUCCGCUCCAAUUUCCAGAGCCGGAAGCGAUACUUCUAUUGAUUCAAACGGCGAAAAUUCCUUGUCCUUAUUGGAAAAAACACGCAGCUCAAAGUUGAAAGAAUUGAAAAGCAGUCAAUCGACUUCCGAUCCUGCCCUCAAAGCUCAAGACUUCCAAGUUUGCCUGACGAUAAUUGAGGCUCGUCAAUUGGCCGGGCUCAAUAUGGAUCCAGUGGUUUGUAUUCAAAUUGGCGACCAAAAAAAGUAUACCAGCGUUAAGGAAAGCACCAACUGUCCUUAUUAUAAUGAGUAUUUUGUCUUCGACUUUCACAUGCCUCCAAUAAUGCUAUUCGACAAAAUAAUUCAUCUUUCGGUACUGCAGUCUCGUAAUUUUCUGCGUGGCAACAAAAUGCUGGGCAACUUUAAGCUAGACGUGGCAACGGUGUGGGCUCAGCCAGAUCAUCAAUUCUAUCACAAAUGGGCCCUUCUCACUGAUCCAGAUGACAUAGCAGGAGGGCCCAAGGGCUACUUGAAAUGCGACAUAAGCGUAAUCGGUAAAGGCGACACCGUUAAAGUACCAUCGAAAAGUGAAAAAGAUGAAGACGAUAUUGAGGCGAAUUUAUUGUUGCCCGAUGGUGUGCCAACUGAUAGACAAAGGGCGCAAUUUGUUGUCAAGAUUUACAGGGCUGAUGGUUUGCCUAAAAUGAACUCUUCUUUGAUGGCCAAUGUUAAGAAAGCCUUCACAGGAGAACUCAAUGACUUGGUGGAUCCUUAUGUACAAGUUUCUUUUGCUGGAUUAACUGGUAAAACUAGUGUAAAAAAGCAUAACUAUGCACCAGUUUGGAACGAGCAACUGGUUUUCACUGAAAUGUUUCCUCCUUUGUGCCAGAGAAUUAAAAUUCAACUAAGAGACAACGAUCCAGUAAAGCCCACAGUGAUUGGGACGCAUUUUGUGGAUUUAAAGACUAUUUCGAACGACGGAGAGAAGGGAUUUUUACCAACAUUUGGCCCCAGCUUUAUCCACCUUUACGGUUCUACACGGGAUUACAGCAUCAUCGAUGAACAUUCUAGUCUUAAUACUGGAUUAGGAGAAGGAGUAUCUUAUCGUGCAAGGUUGCUGAUUUCAAUAAGAACUGAAAUUACUGACAAUAUCGAUUUGUCACCUGCAGCAGUGGAAUUGGAAGCCACUAUGCCUAUUAAUGAAGAAUCCUAUGCCAAAAGUGAAGAGUUUUUUUUGUUUACUACUAUUCUGGAUGCUUCAAUGAUUGAUAAAAAGUUGGGCGAUAAGCCUGUGUACUUUGAGGUGAGCCUCGGUAAUGCUGGCAAUGCUAUUGAUGGUCAUAACACUUCUACCAAGGAGCAUUACGAUUCGGAUAGUGAUGAAUUAGAAACUGUCACGUCUGAUACGGCUUCCUGGCAAAGUACCACAAGUCCUACAAAACCAAUGACCCACGACAAAUUUUACUAUUUCUUACCUUAUUGGGAUAACAAGCCUUGCAUGCACAUUAGAUCUGUAUGGCCUGAUUAUCGACGCAGAUUGUACAAUUCCAACAUGAUUGGAAAAAUUGCGGAAAAAUUAGAAGAUGGCUUAGAAGAAGUCAGCUCAGCAAUUGAAGUUGAAGACAGUGAAGCUGAAACCAAAUUAAAGCAAGUUUUAGAAGAUUUAUCAGCUUCUUGUGGCAAAUACGUGACGAUUUCUAAAGCUUCAAUAACUGGACCAGGCACUGGAAAAACGAAACUGGACAAGGAACGAUUGAAAUUGUGCCAAAGGGAAAUCGAACAUAUUGGCAAUAAUUCUAGAAACUUAAAAGCCCUUGUGACUAAAAACUCAUUUAAGGAACGUUACAAAACUGCACAAUCCUAUUUGAGCAAGUUGAAGUUUUUAACUGAAGAUCCUCAACAUUCCCUUCCGGACAUAUUUUUGUGGAUCAUUUGCGGUGGAAAACGCCAAGCUUACCAGCGAAUACCAGCCAGAGAUGUAAUCUAUUCCAUAGUGGACGAGGAAAGAGGCAAAGAUUGUGGCAGAUCUAGAACAAUAUUUUUGAAACUUCCAGGUAAAAAGGGUACAGGACCAAGCGGCUGGACAAUACCAGCCCGAUUGCAAAUGUAUUUCUGGCUAGGCAUGCUCAAACACAAAAAGCAUUUCAUCUCGGGCAUUCCUAGGGGCUACGAAAUUUCGCAGGAAAUUAGAAAUGUUGAAAGGCCUAGGGCCUUGCCUCCUGCAAUAAUACAUUACGUUGAAAAACAUGUUUUCCAGCUUAGAGCCCACAUCUACCAAGCAAGAUCACUAAUAGGCAGUGAUGCUUCUGGCCUAUCAGAUCCAUUUGCCAAAAUAAUUGCUGGAGAAUUUUGUAGAACAACUCAAGUGAUUGAUGAAACUUUAAGUCCAACUUGGGAUGAAUUGUUGAUUUUUGAUGAAAUCUUACUGUUUGGGGCUUCUGAUGAAAUCAAACAAGAUCCAAUGUCGAUUAUUAUUGAGAUUUUUGAUCAAGAUAAGGUUGGAAAGUCGGAAUUUAUUGGCAGAGCCAUUGCAAAGCCUCAUGUUAAACUUAGAGAAGAUUCUUAUGUGAAACCGUUAUUUCCGCCUUCAUUGGAAUGGUUUACUAUUACUAGAGGGGUUGAUCAUGCUGGGGAGCUUCUAGCAGCUUUUGAGCUUUUGGAGAUUCCUGUUGAUGGCUCGUUACCUUUGCUACCUCAACCAAAAGAUAUACCAAUUUAUAAAGAUACUGAUACAAAAGAUAUUGGUACUUUAUUGCCAGUACCACGUGGUAUAAGACCUACAUUGGCUCGAUACCGUAUCGAAGUACUUUUUUGGGGCCUCAGAGAUUUGAAACGGAUACAUUUACUCACUGUGGAUAAACCAAGAGUUGACAUUGAAUGCGCAGGGCAUAUUUUGUAUUCCAGUAUUAUACCAAAUUCUAAAAAGAAUCCUAAUUUUUCUACUCCUGUUAAAUUCCUCGAGCUUGAUUUGCCUGAGCAGGAAUUAUAUAGACCUCCUUUAACAAUAAGGGCAGUAGAUUGUCGCAGCUUUGGAAGGUAUACUUUAGUGGGUACCCACAUUAUCAACUCAAUUCACAAAUACAUGUUUUCAACAAUGAGUAAAAAGGAACGGGAAGCUGAAGAACGCAAAAAAUCCUUAAAUCAACUUAAAAUAACUGAUGGCCAUUUGAUUAGCAAUCAAAUAAGUAGCAUUUCAGGUGAAAAAGAGAAAAGUCCUUUGUUGCCAAAAGAUGUUUCUCCUUCAAUUGGAUAUGGUACUCAAAUAUCUAGUAAAAAAGCCAAAAUCGACAAACGUAAAGCCAGUAUUGAAGAAGACUUCGAAGACGAACAAGACAGCAAAGAUUGGUGGACCAAAUAUUUCGCCUCAGUGGAGCGAAUGAUUACCGAAUCCAAAAAAGUUUCAACUGUACCGGACGAGGACAGCAGUAAUCCUCAAUCCGGAUAUAAUUCGGAUAAAAGUCCAGGACAAGAGUAUAAGAGAAGGUUUGGCUUUAAAACAGCUGCGAGCGCGUCUAGGUUGGCUGCCAGGAUUAGUCCUAAAAGUGUCAGGAAACGGAGCAAGUAUAAACCUGUAUUAUGCAAGGUUUACCCAACUGAAUUAGAAGCCCGGCUCGAGUUUCAAGAAUUCAAAGAGUGGCUGCACACCUUUGAAUUGUAUAGAGGCAAGAAAACUGGAGAAGAAUCUGAAGAUGAUAAUCGAAUUGUGGGAUCUUUUAAGGGUGCAAUCAAAGUAUAUAAAUGGCCAUUACCAAAAGACACCGAAGACAAAACUAUCAUGGGCUUCGAUCCUCAGUACGGCUUUUUUCAAGGCAUUCCCUCAAAUGACCCGAUCCGAGUACUCGUACGAGUCUACAUAGUAAAAGCCAACGAUUUACACCCGAUGGAUUUAAACGGCAAAGCGGAUCCUUACGUUGUACUACAACUAGGCUCCAAGCGAAUCAGCGAUAAGGAAAAUUACAUUUCCAAGCAAUUGAAUCCAGUAUUUGGAAAAUGCUUCGAAAUUGAAGCAACAUUUCCGCAAGACUCUUUAUUGACUGUACAAAUUUUCGAUUGGGAUCUUGUAGGCUCUGACGAAAUGGUUGGAGAAACGAAAAUCGAUUUGGAGAAUAGGUUUUAUAGCAAACAUAGAGCUACAUGUGGACUUCCAGAGAAAUAUGAAGAACAAGGCUAUAAUGCUUGGAGAGACGCAAUGAAACCAACCCAAAUCCUAGCCAGACUAUGCAAAGACACCAAACUAGAACAACCCACAUACAGUGAUGGCCAAAUAAAAAUUGGCAAUCAACUAUUCCCAAUUCAAAACGAAGAUUUCGAGUUUUACAAGUUUAGAGAACGAGAAGAACAUAUGGCUCUGGCAGUGUUGCAUCGUUGGCACGAGUUUCCGAAAAUCGGUUGCCAUUUGGUGCCCGAGCACAUUGAAACCAGACCACUGUUCAAUCCAGAUAAGCCUGGAAUUGAACAGGGCAAGUUGGAAAUGUGGGUUGAUAUGUUUCCUAUGGAUAUGCCCUUGCCUGGACCGCCUUUGGAUAUAUCGCCCAGGAAACCGAAAAGUUAUGAGUUGAGAGUGAUUAUUUGGAAUACUGAUGAAGUUGUUUUGGAAGAUGAUGCUUUCUUUACUGGAGAGAAAAUGUCUGAUAUUUACGUUAAGGGUUGGCUUAAGGGGCCUGAAGAUUGUCAAUGCACUGACAUACAUUACAGGUCUUUAACAGGAGAAGGCAAUUUCAAUUGGAGAUUUAUUUUUCCUUUUGACUAUUUGGUGGCGGAGCAGAAAAUCGUAAUUUCUAGAAAGGAAUCUUUAUUUUCUUGGGACGAAACCGAGUGUAAAAUACCUGCCAGAUUGGAAUUGCAAGUUUGGGAUGCUGAUCAUUUUUCUGCAGAUGAUUUUUUAGGUGCAAUUACAUUGGAUCUUAAUCGAUUUCCACGAGGUGCAAAGUCUUCGAAACUGUGUACGUUGGACAUGCUAAAAUCGGAUGAAACUGUUCCAACGGUGAAUAUUUUCAAGCAAAAACGUGUAAAAGGCUGGUGGCCGUUUUACAUUAAAAAAGACAACGAGGAAAUGGAAUUGACUGGAAAAGUUGAAGCUGAAAUACAUCUUUUGACCAAAGAGGAAGCUGAAAGAGUGCCUGUAGGAUUAGGCAGAAAUGAACCUGAUCCUUUAGAAAAACCCAAUCGACCAGAUUCUUCGUUUAUGUGGUUUAUGAACCCAAUCAAAUCAAUCAGGUACAUUUUGUGGCACAAUUACAAGUGGACAAUCCUGAAACUGCUCAUUAUUAUCGGGCUUGCAAUAAUAAUUUUACUUUUCUUCUACUCUAUACCUGGAUAUACUGUUAAGAAAAUGCUCGGUGCUUGAAGCUGUUUUAUUCUAAUCUAAGCUCAAAAAAGAUAAUCUUUAUAUAUUCUUCUUAUUGUGUAUAUUUGUGUGUGAUUUAUUGAAUUUUGAAUUUAUUAGGUAUUUUGCACAUAUGGAAUGUAUUUAUUCUAUUUUGUCACUAUUUAGCUUUUGAUCAAAAAUAAACGAUAUAUUAUGAA